AUGAAUGCCGCACCAGUAAUAGUUGGUGGUAUGAGAACACCAGCAAGACGAAGACAAAGUAACGCCUCUGCGAGUGGCAACAAUUCAAAACAAAGAAGAAACAGUAAUGGAAAUUCGAACAGUAUUGUAAAAUUUUAUGGUGAUGAUUCUCCUGGAUUUAAAUUAACUCCACAAACUGUCCUCAUUUCUACAUUAAUAUUUAUGGCAACUGUAGUUAUUUUACAUAUCAUAAGUAAAAUAUAA